AUGCCUGCCAGAUCCGCUGACGCCAUAUUUUUCUAUUCUACUAUUGUUUUUGCAGUGGUUUCUUGGAUCGUUUUACUCGUUCCUCUUGCUUACGCACAAGCUCAAUACUUCUGGAAUUUUUAUGAUGAUGAUUUUGAUUAUGCUUCUUCUUAUGAUGAUGACUUGCUUUUUGAAACAUAUUCUGCUACCUCAUACUCCUCAGUUUGGUGGGCCUUUGGUUAUGAAACAUUCCUUAUUGCCUUCCUUGUCGCUCUCAGAUUAAUUCCAAACCGCUUUAAUGCUUUGUUACCAGUAUCUUUGGUCCUUGUUUCUAUUUGGAAUAACUACACGACCCUUUCUAUUUAUAUUUUUGAGACCACCAGCUACAUUCGUGCUAUUAAUGCUGGUAGCGCCAUGUUAGCAAUUGUUGGGUUUGUAUGGUUGUUCUAUUACAGUUAUGAAAAGAAAUCCGCUAUUCUUGCAGAUGAAGUUGUUGAUGAUGAAAAAGCCGUGGAGAAUGCUACUCCUGCUGCUGUUGAGCCUGCUGCUGUUGAGCCUGACGCCAAGCAUGUGACCGAAUCUGCCACCGAGCCAGCCACGGAACCAGAGGCUAACACUGUUUAG